AUGUCCACCAUCCUCAUCACCGGCAGCUCCCGCGGCCUCGGCCUCGAGCUCGUCCAGCAAUUCGCCGCCCUCCUCCCUGAGAACGGCCUCAUCAUCGCCGCCGCCCGGAACAUCACUCCCGCGCUGGAGGAGGUCAUCGCGCGCGAGAAGGGCCGCGUGGCGUUCGUCGCGCUGGACAUCACCGACGAGGCCAGCGUCGUCCGGUCCGCGGAGGAGGUUCGGGGCGUACUGGGCGAUCGGAAGCUCGAGAUCCUGGUCAAUUGCGCCGGGGUUAUUGGGGAGACGCAGGAGAAGGCUGGCUCCUCGGCGGACCUCGAUUUCACGCUCUCGGUGAACGUGACGGGCACGCAUAAUGUCACCCGCUCGUACCUACCGCUCAUGCAGGGUGCGUCGGUAAAAAAGGUUGUGAACAUCUCAAGCCAGUACGGCUCGAUGGCCCGCGCGCGCGCCAACGACUACGCCAAAUUGCCGGCGUACAAGGUCAGCAAGGCGGCGCUGAAUGCGUUGACGGUGCAGUAUGCUCUGUCCUACGAGGCGGACGGGUUCGUGUUCAUGGCAGUGCAUCCGGGGUGGCUGCAAACCGAUAUGGGGGGCAGUGGGGCCGACCUCACCGUUUCCCAGGGCGCAAAGGCUGUGCUGGAGGUGAUUGUGGCGGCGGAUGAGAAGUCGAACGGGACGUUUAGGAAUAUUUAUGUGGGAGGUUCGGAAAUUUAUCGUGGAGAGGAGAUUCCUUGGUGA